AACAUUUUUUGUGUAUGUUGUAAUCCGCAUAAGGACAUCCUAUAUAAAAAAACAUCAUUAUCUAUGUAUUAAAAAAUAUUUGUUAUUCCUUUCAUACUUGGUUCUAUAACAUCGUUAUUCUUACAUAAGAAUUAAGAGGAGUGGGACUUGACUAGUUGCUACCAUUCUCAAUAUCAUCAUAAUUCAUAACCACCAUUCUUAUUUCUCUUCUCAUCUCCCAUUUAUCCAUUCCAAAUAAACUAUUAAUAUUUUAUCUUCUUCACCAAAGCCCAUACCUUUCCUAAUUCCUAUUCCUAUAUUGCAUGUCGCAAACCUUAAGAUCGCCGGCGAUUACAUCCCGGAGAAAAAAACCACCGCAUCCAUCACCGUCGCCGCGUUGUAGGACAAAGAAUAAGUCAAAAUUGAUCAAUACCUUGAAACGCUGCUCAUCAGCGCCACUGCUGAUUUCACGAGGAAAUCUUAUUCAUGAAGAUGAUGAUGAUGAUGAUGAUGGUGUUGGUCUCUUUGCUCAAUAUUCUUUCAGAAGUGGAAGAGGAGGAACACUUUUCCGACCUCAAACAUUUUCAAAUGCCUUUGUUUCUUCUCCUUCACUCUUUCCUUCCUCUCCAAACAUUUACUCUAAUGAGAUGAAGGGGUACGACAAGGAGGCUAAGGUGGUGGUUAGUGUGACGGUUGAAGGAAGUACAGGACCUGUCCGAACAAUGGUUAAACUAGGGUCAACUGUGGAGGAUACAAUAAGCCAUGUGGUGAAUAAAUAUAGGGAAGAAGGAAGGAGCCCUAAGAUCGAUUCUAAUGUGCCAUCUUCCUUUCAAUUGUAUCUUUCCUAUUUCAGUCUCCAAGGUUUGGAUAAAUCAGAAGUAAUUGGGAAUGUAAAUAGUAGAAGUUUUUAUCUGCGGAAGAGUAAUGGUGAAUCUUCUACAUUGAAUUCUUCAGAAAGUGAUCAUGAUUUAGCCAAACGUGGACUCCCAUCUUUCGUUGCCCGGAAAAUUAACCAAAUUGUUAGAAGAGCCCAUAGGCUUUGGAAUAUUCUAGUUUGCUCCCCAUGACAGUCAACCAAGUACACCUCCUCAAGCAAUAUUAUGUGCUACUUCUUCAAGUCUUCAACUCUAUAACACAGAAAAGCAACUAUUUUUUAUAUGUUGCCUUUCGAUUCAUCUCUACCUUUUCUAUUUGAUGUAUAUAUAUUUAUGUAUUUAUAUUUUUUCAAAGUGUAAAACCAAUAUGAAGAUUUAUCCCAACAAGAGAUAGGCGAUUCUCCCAAUUAGAUGUACUAUGUAAAGUUUCACAUUCAAGAUGAUAUAAGAAGCUUGUAAAUGCCCCUUGUCAA